GAAGAAUUGAAAUGUGAAUGUUAAAUGUAAAUGCCAAAGUCUAAUUUGCAAUGUCUAAAUAAACAACAAUGUUUUUAUUAAGCAAAUUAGAAAUAACAACAACAUGAUAUAAUUACUAAUUAUCAACAAGAGCCAGUACGGAAAGUAGCAUGUCGGCCAAUUCUGUUCAGGACAUUUUCGAAAUAAAAUCCAUUCUAGAAAAUAUAAGCAUAAAAUUCUGUGCGAGAUGCGAAAACGGCGUGAAACAAUUACUAGCGUUAGUUACGAGUGAUGGGGACGUAGUGCUUCACUACACCUACGGAGAGUUAUGCCCCGUACUGAAAAGAAUCCCUUGGUUCAACGACAGCUUCAAGCAACUAGAAGCCAUCUGCUUCGACCCCUCAGCUACAUGGUUACUAGUAGUUUCUUUAGACUGUUCGCUCUACAUCAUCCCGGCGCUUAGUUUGGUAGACAAAAAGCAGAAGAUCGACUGCAAAUGGUCGCUGACCGAUCUAACGCACUUCCCGAGGCCUGCCCAAAUACCCGACUCCAAACCCACCAGCGUCAUUUGGUGGCAAACGUUGGACUGCAACCAAAACGCGCUCGUCGGCUUCGAAAACGGGGCUGUCGUCCUAAUAAGUCUAACAGACGGAAGAUGCAUCGGAUCCUGCAGCAUCACGGAAGGCGUGAAAGAUUUCGAUAUAUGCCACGAUAACAACUUGGAUGUUUCCCUAUUGAUUAACGGUACUAGCGGUCAGCAAUGGAGGUUGGUACUAGAGCAACACCUUACAGGAUAUCUUUGGCCUCCGGAAGCUCACGUACAAGCCGACGAUUCGACUAGAUCGCGAUUGUACAAUUUGAAGCAACUAGGCGUGGAUAAAUUGGCUUCAUUGAAGCAACGUUUGACCGAAUCGAGGAGCAAUCGGAGCGAUUGCCAAAGCGAUUCGGCCAGCGAAUGCUCGCGCAGCGAAUCGGUGAGUUCGGUGGCAUCGGGACCGGAGCUGUUGCCUCAUUUGUGCGAGACCCAUUUCGCGCCGCAGUACGCCAGGAAUAGGUACCUUUUCACGGCGUUUUACAAACCCACCAGUUUGCUUACCGUACACGCAGUAGACGUCGAAUCGGCUCCUUUGUACGUAUACAAAUUACCGCAGAGAACCUCAUCGGUUUUGCUAACAGAUAGGUUGAUAUACACUGUACACGAUGAAUCCAAAUCCAUCUCGGUGAUCAGUUCGCAGUUGUGCGAGUGUAGAUUAGAAGGAGAAUCGGAAUUCAACAGCGAAGCUGUGGUGGCGCAAUUUUACCUCGAAACCGGGAAGAUACUCAAGCUGUUCAAAUUGAGCGAUUUGACGACGGUGCGAUCGAAAAAGCGCGACGACCACAAGAGGGACAAAUUCUUCGAGCUGCCCUCGUGCGUGGACGAUUUGAACCUGCAAAAACCCCGAAUAGACACUUGCGUGGUGGUAACCGACAGCAGCGUGUACAAAAUUCGCGUCAGCUGUUCUCCCACGAAGAAAUUCGUCGACUACGUGACGGAGGAGCACGAUUUGGAGAAGGCCGAGCGGCUAUCGAACAUAUUCGGCCUCAACAUCCAGCAGUUGCUCGAGUGCUGCGGGGAUUUGUUGAUAUCUCGCGGUUCCUAUCACUCGGGCAUUAUAUUCUACAAGGAGGCGAAGGUGCAUUUGUUGAAGCGCGUCCUGAAAUUGGCCGUCUCGGCCGAUUGCAGGACGCUGUUGAAGUUCAUACAUUUGUGCCUGAGCGCCAGUAAGGUGGAUAUGUCGAUAGCCACGAAGAUUCACAUCGGAAAUUUGGCCGUGAUGGCCUACACGGAGUUGAUAUUGAGAUACGGGGGACACCAGAGGGUUUCUAACACCAAGGAUUUUAUGAAUUUUCUAUCUUUCGAGGAAUAUUACGAUCAAAUUCUAGCCGUUAAUGUAGCUUGUCAAGCCGGCCAUUGGAAUAUCGUUAUGCUAUUAGCGAAAUCCAGAGGAUUACAACCCGAAGUCGUGACGGCUUUAGGGCAGAUUUUGCAGAGCGCCAGGGCUCCCAAGCCCACCGAACGGGAUUUUUUGUAUUGCAUUUCGGAGCCUUGUCUCACGCAAAGUCUGUUGAUAUUCGGGCAAUGUUCGCAGCACAUUUUUCAAUACGUCAGGGAGAACGUGGAUGUUUUCCCGGUGGAGAUAUUGCGUCGACUGGCCGUACAAUUGGACCCCAGCCAACCUUCUGCUGUAUCAUUAGUCAGCAGGCUGUUUCAAACGAGCAAAUACUCGUCUAGUUUGGAUACUACCAUAGAAUCGGUCGAUUUCGAGAACCCCGAUAGAACCGUGGUGACCGUAAAAGAUCUCAUCGAUACAUUCCUAAUCGUUCUCGUACACCUAGUAUGGAAGACUGAAGUAAACGGUUUCGAAUUACCGCUAUUAGACGUCAUCAAACCGCCCGAAGCGCCUCCGGCGCCGCCAUCGAUACGGAAACUGCCCGAUUUGCGACCGUUGGACUGCGGCUUCGAGCACGCCGCGGUAGUUCGCAACAAUUGCGCCUACACCAUGGGCGUUUCGAAUUCGGGCUGCCUCGGCUUGGGGCCUCUGUUGACGCAGAGCAGCCCGCCUCGUUUGGUGCAAACGCUCUCCGAGCUCAAAGUCAAAGUGCUGAGCGUCAGUUGCGGGAAGCGACACACGUUGGCCCUGACCGAUUUCGGGGUGUUCUCCUGGGGCUCCAACGCCUACGGCCAACUGGGCCUCGGCCACCAGGUCAACGAGAGCCCCUACCCGCAAAUACUGCCCGCCCUAUCCGCCAGCAAGAUAAUCGACCUGGCGGCCGGCCAGUACCACAGCGUGGCGCUCGCCUCCGACGGGCGCGUCUUCACCUGGGGCUGGGGCAUCCACGGCCAACUCGGCCACGGCAACUGCGACAACGAGUUCCUGCCCGAGCCGCUGGACUUUCCGCACGUCGUGCGCCAGGUGGCCGCCGGGCACGCGCACACGCUGCUCCUCGCCGACGACGGGAGGCUCUACGGCUUCGGCUCGAACGUCUUCGGGCAGCUGGAGGGCGGCGCCGGCGGCGCGAACAAAUUCGCCACGCCUACGUGGCUGCUCGUCCCGGCCGACAGUCGCAGGCCGAUCGAGAGAAUCGCUUCGGCGUACUUUCACAACAUAGCCGUUCUGAAGGACCAGGAGGUGCAUACUUGGGGGGCGAGUCCGCAAGAAGUGAGGUUGUUCCAAUCGAAAAAUAACCAGAAACAGUCGGGAAAACCGUCCGAAUCGUGGAAAACUAGUACGCACAUUUACACCGCCAGUGGUGGUAAAAAAUCUAUCGAACAAGUCGCUGUGGGGUACAGGCAUUCUGUAGUUUUGCACAAUGGAAAGUUGUUGUGGGGUAAAAAUCGAGACGAAGAACUGAGUUCGCCGAAACUCAAGCCGCAGGACGGCGUUAACGCGUUUUUUGUGCAAAAAUUCACGCACGUUUCCUGCGGAUUGGAUUACACGAUGGCCAUCGAUAACACGGGAAAGGUGCUGGCUUGGGUCAGCCCUUCAAUGGCGCAGACCAUCCUAGGGAAGUCGGUGGACGACGACAACAGGAAACUCGAGAGCAAAGUGAUCAUCUUCAAGAGCACCAAGCGGGUGAUCAAGAUCCCCAACCAGGGCCAGCCCAGCGGCGAGUGCCUUCCCGUGGAGGUUCCCGGGCUACCGUCGAUGGCUAUAACCUUCAAUCCGAGCGAUCACAAGCUCCUGUUAUCCAAAAAUUUCACCGCGUACGCCGUGCGUGCGAUAGAAAACGAGCAGGUGCUCGACGAGCAGGGAAACUCAUCACCGUCCGAGAGCAUAUACGAGAUUCCAAAGGUGAAAUUCGGCAACAGGACGCUCCAUUACGUCUUGGAAACUUACCACGGAUUUUACGAUACCGAUAACGUGUUGUCGAAGUGUAUUGAAGUAGAAAAUUAUCAGGCGGCGGCGAAAAUAGCGAUGCUAGACGGCCAUUUCGGCGACAGCCUCGGCUUCCAGCUGACGGCGUUCAAGAAGCACCUGGACUCGCUGGACCUCGACCUGGACAUCCUCGGCAAGUCGAAGGAGUCCCCGUCGGAGUCGAACGAUUUCAUCGAGCUGACCGUUCGUAACAUCCAGGACGAUUUGAACGAGAGGAAUCUCGCCUAUUCGAACAACUCCCCGGCGCACAUUUUGAGCACGAGUUCCAGUCUGGAUAGCAUCAGGCAAUGGGGCGACGACGUGGAGCACCAGGGCGGGAAGGAGUCGCCUUGCGAGGCGGAUAACGGGGAUAUCAGGCAGAACAUUUCGCAGUACGUGCAGUCUUUGAAGCAAUUGGACAGUUCGCCUAUCAAUACGAUAUCGAAAUUGGUGGCCGAUAAGGAGAACGGGCAGGAGAGGGCCAAGCGAGAGGAUCGCGAGUUGCUGAUCAAAGAUAAGGCCGUGGUGGAGAUUCUCGAGGCCGCUUCGUAUUUGGUCGAGUUUUAUAUUAGGAAAAUAUACAUUUCGGAAAAUCACAUACUGAUGCAGAACAUCCUGAUGAAGUGCAUCGAAUUUUGGCUGUCGAACAAUCUGCCGGUGUCGGCUUUGGAAAGUGUCCUUCUGAAAAACAUGGAUAAGUAUUUUUAUCCUUUGUCGAUUUUGCUGUUCUGCAAGGAUUUCGGUAAUCCCGACGACGAGGAGCUGAAGCCCGCGUCGUCCGGGUUUUUGAAAGAAUUUUCGACCAAGUUUUGCCUUCAGCUGUGUUCCAUGGUAAUGGAGAACGUCGACAAAGUGUAAAUUAUUAUUUUUAUUUUGAAAUUUUGCAUUUAUAUUUUUGUCUACGCGAAAUCGGCGGGAUUUUUUAUAGUCCGAUUUCUAAACGGUUUGAUAAUGAAGCGUCAGGUAUAGAUGAAAAGUGAUAUUUUCGAAAAGUAAUAAUGAGUGAAAAUUAUUUCAAUAAUGCAUGAGUAGUUAUGCGCAGUAGUACUUUCGCUCUAGGAAUCCAUAUUUUUUCCCGUAACAAAUUAUUGACUCUGUAAUCGUUUCAGUAGGUACAUAUACAGGUAGAUGCAAAAGUGUUUCAAUUAUGGUCAAUUCUAUGAGUUGGACAAAGACAGAUUAUUAAAAUACAGUUGUUAGAGUGAGAAAGUUGCGAUACCACAAUCAACAUUCUUUCUUUUUCCUCUCUAUGAGACUAAUUUUGCAUUUACCUGUAUAAUUAUAUUGUUGACAAUCGUCAAAAUUUCCCUAUGCUUAUUUAUGUAAGAACUAGUCAAAAAAGUUCGGUAGAUCUCGUUAUUUUUCAAAGUAACGCGGCUUAUUUCAAAAAAAUAAUUGGUAGUUAUAAACCUAAUGGUCUUAUUUCAUGACGUAAAACGGAGUUAAAUUCGCCUAAAUUAUUAUAAUAUUCCAUUUCAGAAUGUACAAUUAUCUACAAUCUAGUCAAUCUUACUAAAUUUACAGCACAAAUUCCGUACAUAAUCAUUUUUUGAUAAUGAAUCUAGUUAUUUCUGAAUAAUAAAAACAAUAUAAUCAAGUACGUGUAGGAAUAAUAGUCGUUCUGUCAAGCAGAAAAUGUUUAUUGCUUUUUACGAGCUUUCAGUGUGUUCAUGUUUUUGUACUUAUUUUAUUUUAAUAUUGAAAAGACGAUUGAAAAUCAAUACUAAAAAUUCUGUUUGGUUUUUUACAUAUUAUUUAAUUCGUUACGAAAACCACUUAUAUUGAUUUGAAUUUGUGAUAUUUUGGUCGAGAUUGUUUUUUUACAAGUAUCGUUUUAGAUAUCUUAUUUGCUGCGAUGUUAAUAAUUAUAUAGAUUAUGUAUACAGAUUGAUAGUUGUAUUUUUA